AUGUCACAGCCUCGUGCGGUUUCUCGUUCUCGGCAGAACGGACGAAGCACGUCCCCGUCUCCCAUAUCUCGACCAACAACACCUCUGAGGGCGUCCUCCAGAUCAUCGUUCAGAAAUUCCCGGAACAAUGCAAUUGCAGGCGUGUCUCCUCUGGAUGCUCUCGAACCACAAUUUGCGGAACUAGGUGAUUCAGUGGCUGACCUUGAAGCCAACUUCAUGCACCUUCAAUUGAUGCAUGAGAGUCUGAGCAGAUUUGGAGAAAGCUUUGCCAGCUUUCUGUAUGGCUUGAACAUGAAUGCGUUUGUGGUGGAUUUUCCAGAGGCACCUAUACCUGAGUCAAUCAAACGAUUUCACAGACGUCAGGGACAAGGAAACCUGGACGAGACUUCUGGUGUGCAGGAUCAUCUCACAGGGCAAAAGCAAGGAGAAACAGAGGCAACAUUCAUGACGGCAGAUGCAAGUUUCACAAGUCUCAAAGCAACACCACGUCGUAAGACGAUGGCACCCUCAACCACUCCUAGUACGACAUCCACAGUGAAUCAAAACAAUGCAAGCUCUCAAAGAGGAAAUGCUGCAAGAUCAAGCAGAGGUACUAGUCGCGGAGGACGAGUCAGCAGCUUGCCAAGAGGCAGAGCGAGAGGUGCCAGGUAG